AUUUUUUACUGGUAAUCCCGUUUUCUCACUCUUUUCCUGUUGCCCGGUGCUCCCCCGAAUUUUGUGUUAGUGCUGUAUACACUGCGUUUAUGCAAGUUGCAUUGUUCUUGUUCAUUCGAUCGAAAGUCAUGGCUGGAAGAAGUUCGGUUCGUUUAGGCGACAAAGGUGCGGAAGAUGUUUUACUAGAGUGGUUUCGAGAAUGUGAUAAUGAUGUUGAAGUUGACGAGAAUGUUACUGCUAAUUCAGAUGAUAGCGAAGAAGAGGAUUUGACUGAAGUGCAGUCAGAAUACGACUCCGAAAAUACGUCCGCCGCAGAACCUGUAUCUGCUAAUAGUGAAAAGCAACAACUAAAUUUUCUUAUGUCGAAAAAUAAACUCGAAAAAUGGUACUUAGACCCACUAACACACAGAACAGGACGACAACCAGUGCGCAACAUUAUGCAUCAAGAAGAAGGACCUACAAGAUAUACUAGGCGGAACGUGGACACAAUUUGCAGUAGUUUUCAACUAUUUUUCAGAGAUAAUAUUGUAAAUCACAUUGUUCAGUGGACUAAUGCAGAAGGUCAACUGAAGUACGGAGACGUAUGGAAAACCAUGGACGCGAAUGAGUUUCUACGUUUUGUUGGUUUGCUAAUCCUGGCAGGAGAUUACAAAUCUCAUAAUGAAGGACUUACGAAUUUGUGGAAUGUAGAAGAUGGCCGUCCUAUAUUCAACAAAACUAUGAGCAGAAACAGGUUUACCAUAAUUUCUCAAUGUCUGCGUUUUGAUAAUGCUGAAGCCAGAAGAAAAAAUCGAGAUUCGGACAAGUUAUCACCGAUCAGAACACUUCUUGAAUUAUGGAUACCCACAUUGCAAGAUUCAUACAGCAACAAACGCAAAAGCUAAAACGAGGUAGAUGUUGGAAAUGUGCCAGCAACUUGGAUAGAAAGUACUCCAGAAGAUGCCA